UGUGAUGCCAAGUAAACAAAUACUUACACCCAUUUUUUUUUUUAAAAAAAAAAACAAAUAAAACCAUUUAAAAUAGGGUUGAAAAUCUAUUUCAUUCUACAAAACCAAUAUAUUCGUAACCUACAAAAUUAAUGAUUCCAAAAAUACUCCAAACGUAUUUUCCACUAUUGAAAAAAAAAAAAAAUCUCCCCCAAAAAAACCCUAUUUAAAUGAGCCCUUCCUACAUCAUUUUCCUCACCCCAUUUCAUACUUUUCCCAUUUAGAGAGAAAUCCUAAAUAGAAAAUAACUUUAUUAUUAUUCUUCUUCUUUCUUGUUCUUAUCAAGAAAAAAAACUUUUCUUUCUUACUAGGGCAAAGAAAAAAAAAACACUAUAAUAUGGGGCGUCGUAAGAUUGAGAUGGUUAAGGUUCAAGACCGAAGUGCUCUUCAAGUGACCUUCUCAAAGCGUCGAAAUGGCCUUUUCAAGAAGGCGAACGAGCUAGCCACCCUUUGUGAUGUAGAUAUCGCGAUUAUUGUCUUCUCUCCCGGUGGAAAAGUUUACUCAUAUGGAAAACCUAAUGUUACUUCCAUAAUCGAUCGUUUCCUACACGAGCAAGAGCAUGGAGUUUCGAGUACUAAGAAGAGACGUUCCACCUCUCGUCGCAAAACCAAGGAGUUGGAGAAGCUCAGCGAGCAAGUUAACAACGGCGACAUGGAGUUGGAAAAAGAGAAAAAGAAGAGAAAGAAGAGAAAAUAUGAUGAGAAUGAGGAGAUGAAGAGGUUGAAAGAAGAGUUGGAAAUUCUCAAAGAAGAAGUGGAUGAUAGAAAGCAUGUGGUGGAGGCUUCUUCAACCUUGAUGAUGAUAUCUAAUGAUACUUUCUAAACAAUUUUAAUUUUAUUAUUACUAUUAUUAUCAUUAUUAUGUUGCUAAUAAUAAACAUAAAUUGAUGAAAGUAAUAUUUUUCUAGAGAUAUUACUAUUCAUUAAUUUUUAUGUUCUAUGUUUUAUGUCAUGUAUGAGUUUGUGUAAGUUUGGAGUCAUUUUUAUGAAAUUUAAAUGGUGUUUUUGUUUUAGUUAAGAGAGAUGAAUAUGUGUUUUACAAUUAUUAUUAUUUUAUUUUAUUUUAUGUUAUAUGCUUAGCUGGUUUUAAGAUGCAAUUAUGGUA